AUGAAGUUCGUUCUUGCGCUCCUAAUCGUUGUUCUUGUGGCAACUGAAAUUUCGGCCUACAGGGUCCGAGACCAGCCCAAAGAACGGAAGUAUGAGCGGGGCACGAAGAGUCUCCUAAAGCAACGAGAGUCCUUCGAGAAGUUUGAUCUUGGUAAAGAGCCCCUGAGGAGGCGUGACCGACCAAUCCAGAAACCUUUGAAGGAUUUCGAUGUUGACUUCGGAAAACUCACUGAGAAACAAAAGCCCAUGGAGAGGCCGGCAGCCGAACUCAAACUGGACCAGUUUAAGGCCCCGUCGACACGACUACAUGCGAAACAGCAGGCUCCCACCAAGUUUUUCGAGCCCGCUGAGAGGAAGCAUUUCGGGAAAAAAUUUGAUCUUGGUUAUAAGCCAGAGGAAUUUCAGUUGAAGUCUGUUGAAGAAAAGCAUCACGAGUAUUCGGCAAAGCUUCACAGACCCGUGGAUUCUGCCUUCCACGAGGACAAGUUUGAGAGCGCUGAAAAGCGCCUUGAGAACCUGGAGUCCCGACUGCGCCCAGAGGAAUUUCACCCAAGCCUCGAUCGACUGGAGGAGAAGGCAGACUACCUUCAGAAGGGUGGAAAACUCAUGGAAACAGGUUUUGCAAGAUUGGGCAACAAGCACAUAGACAAGCCUUUCUUUGGGGUUUACGCCGAGAUGGACGAACUAGACGAUACUCUUGACUACUUAAAGGACCGAGAAAGAAAACUAAGUGAAAUGGAAAUGCACCCCAGUGAAGAGCAUUUUGCGGUUGAAGCUCAGAGGUUAUCAGAUGGUGAUGCCAUGAUUAACAAAGGUUUCCGUCACUUUGAAAAAAUUGAACCUCAACCCCACUUCCAGCAACUCAAAUCGGAAUUUGACAGGCUUGGAUACGGCCGUGAGAAGCUCGAUGAUUCAGAGGACUACCUCAAGAGUGUUGACCUUGAAGAGGGCUACCAAAAACUGGCAGGACGUGAAGAACAGUUAAACGAUGGUGUGGAGCUUAUGGACCAACAAUUUGAUUCGCUGCACAAUACUGACCUGUCCUCCAAGUAUGAAGCUCUCGAUAAAACCUACGAUGACUUAGAAGAACGCCACAGUAGAACUCCAAAAUACUCCGGACAGGGAAAGGGCUUCGGCUUCGUUGACAACUUUGGUGCUGGCUUCAACUUCAUGAACGAUCAUAUGGACAAGAUCGGAGGAGGCAGUAACAUGUUCUGGAAGGGCGAAGACUCGAUGUCUUUCCCUGGAUUCGGCAAGUCUCCCAUGAACGGCUGGGACAAAUUUAGCUACUGA